AUGCGCAGAGAAGCACCACCAUACCACAUUCCCCGCUUCUCCUCACAGUAAAAAAAAAAUCAAGGCGCAAGCAAAUCGAUUUAUGUUUUCCUUCAUGAUCGUGUAAGGGAUUUGAUCUUACUGUUUCCCUUCCCUCUUCGAGAAGCAACAUCCUGGCCGUGAGCCUGCAUUAAACCCUCGAAGUCCUCAGUAGAUGCUCUUAGCCCCACCAUGGCAACAGAAGAUAAGAAACCAGAGACCGACACGAAACCUCCAGUGGUACCAUCAGCUUCCGCGAGUCAAAGCAAGUCGGCCCCCGCCAAACCAAACUACAGCCUGAAGUUCACUUUAGCCGGCCACACUAAAGCUGUGUCUUCUGUCAAAUUCAGCCCGAGUGGAGAAUGGCUCGCCAGCUCAUCUGCUGAUAAACUCAUCAAAAUCUGGGGAGCAUAUGAUGGCAAGUUUGAGAAGACCAUCUCUGGACACAAACUUGGUAUAUCUGACGUAGCCUGGUCCUCUGACUCCAACCUCCUGGUGUCUGCAUCUGAUGACAAAACCCUGAAGAUCUGGGACGUCAGCUCGGGUAAAUGCCUAAAAACUCUAAAAGGUCACAGUAACUACGUUUUCUGCUGCAACUUCAACCCGCAGUCCAAUCUCAUCGUGUCAGGAUCGUUCGAUGAGAGUGUCAGGAUAUGGGAUGUGAAGACCGGGAAAUGUUUGAAAACACUGCCAGCACAUUCUGACCCUGUCUCUGCUGUUCACUUCAACAGAGACGGCUCCCUGAUCGUGUCCAGCAGUUAUGACGGACUCUGCCGAAUCUGGGACACCGCGUCGGGACAGUGUCUAAAAACACUCAUAGAUGAUGACAACCCACCGGUGUCAUUUGUGAAGUUUUCACCCAACGGCAAAUACAUCCUGGCUGCCACACUGGACAACACGCUAAAGCUGUGGGACUACAGCAAAGGAAAGUGCUUGAAAACGUACACCGGCCAUAAAAACGAGAAAUACUGCAUAUUUGCAAAUUUCUCUGUCACAGGUGGAAAGUGGAUCGUGUCAGGCUCGGAGGACAACAUGGUUUAUAUCUGGAACCUGCAGACAAAGGAGAUCGUGCAGAAACUCCAGGGACACACAGAUGUCGUCAUUUCUACCGCCUGCCACCCGACAGAGAACAUCAUCGCAUCCGCGGCUUUAGAAAACGACAAAACCAUCAAGCUAUGGAAAAGUGACUGCUAAGCCCUUUUUUUUCUCCCCGGAACUGUUGAGCCAUUCAUAUUUUCUUUUUGAUAGAUUUUUUUUCUACCUUUUUGUUGUAAGAAAAAGAGGACUUGUUUUCUAACAGAGAGCUCCUGCAGGGCGCGGAGGGCUUUCAGGUAAUGAAAUCCAGCGAGCAGAACCAAACGAGACGCAUCAGCCACACACAGUAUCACAAACCCAGACAGCUCUGCAGUGAACGCGUUGCUUUGCCUCAUCUGAGACAUUCCAUGUGUUUGUUUACGUGCCAGAUUAAGUUACCUCCAUGUCGCCCUCUGUUCUGGUGCUACAGUAUCUUUGACACUGAAUUAACCCGACGUCACUGCUUCUCAUCAACGCCAUAAUAUGUACAUGAAAUGUAAUGGUUAUUGGGCCUUUCUGUGAUUAAGUUUGCCUUUAAUUUGUCUGUGUGAUUGUUUGUUACAGUUUAGAGAACUUUAAGGUUGAGGGGUGAGUUUCCCAUCAAGAUAUAGGUUAAAAAGGGUAACACAAGGGGUCCUUUGGUCGUGUAUUUAUUUAAGUGGCAUCAUUUUUGUGUUUUCUUCCCCCUAAAUGUUAAAUUUCAAAUCUCAAUUUAUGUACUCCGUGCCAUUAAAGGAUACUUUUUCCAGAUUUAAGUAUAAAGUGGACAAACACAAGGAUUUAAAGGUAUAAUAAGUGAUGUCACAGGAGAGUUAAAGUCCAAACUUUAGAAUUUCUUACUUCAUUUUUUCAUUGAGUCAAAUUUAACAUUUUAAGACAGUGACCAAAUGCAGUUCUAUGUUGUAGGAUUUUUGUACAUACAGUAAGUAUAUUGACUUGUAUUGAGACUUGAUUUUUUUUUAGCUCUUUUUUUUUUUUUAUGUUGUUUUCUGCUUGAUUAGCUCAUGAUGUAGUUCUGCAAACCAUGCUGGCAGCAUCUAUUCUCUGUAGUUAACCUGGAUUUAGUGGACUCUAUGUUUGCAUUCGACAGCUAUAACCUGCAACUUAAUAAAACCCCUUUUUGUAUGUUUCA